AUGUGUGUUGGAGGGCCUCAGGACCACCCAGAAAAUGAUUUGCUAGGUGGACCCAGUCUCAGCAUAUACCUGGUGAUGGUUUCUUCCAGCAAAAAGAUACAGAGAUCAGCCAGCAAGGGCAAAGGCCCAUGGGAUAAAGCCCAGGAGCGCAAGCUGCCAGGGAUCCUGUCCAGGUGGAGUUGCACGGGACAUGCAAUUCCCUCGGCCCUGGGUUGUGAUAACACACGCGAAAUGUUUCCAACCAGGGAAGCUCCUGAGAGACUCAGCACGCAGGGUUUCUAUUGGUGGCUGGUCACCUAG